UGCCAUUAGAUUUCCGACUGCGCGCAAAACAUGUUGACCAAUUUGCAGCAGUUUUUCGUGGUUUUUCUGCUCACCGUCGCGGAAGUUUCAUCUGAAAUGUCACCGGGAGGACAUCGCGAACAUCUGAAAAAAGCGACCAAGUUAGCCUACGAGAGAGCUUCCCAGCGGGUGAAGGGGAAGAAGUUUGUGGUCCCAUCAGAUGCGAAUGGAGCGACAGAAGUUUCUACUUUGAACGGAGUGGAAAGACUACACUAUUAUGAGAACUACAACAACCGCGUUUCUCUCAAACGAAAUGGUGGGUGGGGUGCUGGUGGCGGGGGGCGUGGCCACAAUUGUGGGAGUAACCAGUUCCCCUGUGCCAAUGGGGACUGUAUCCCCAUGCAGUGGAGGUGUGACCUCUCCACCCAGUGUCCAGAUGGCUCAGACGAGGUCAACUGCGACUGCACUAUCGAUGAGUUCAAGUGUGCGAAUGGGAAGUGUAUCCUGUCGAUCAGUCUGUGUGACAAUGCCAAUGACUGUGGGGACAUGUCGGAUGAGAUCAGCUGCUACAAGUGUCCCAAUGGACAGUACACCUGUGGCAAUGGACGAUGUAUAGACGAGACUCAUAAGUGUGACCACAACAACGACUGUUACGACUGGAGUGACGAGCUGUUCUGUGACGCGUGUGGGUACAACCAGUACCAGUGUCCAGUCACAGACAACUGCAUCCCCUCCGAAUGGCUGUGUGACGGCAAAGUGGACUGUCAGGGGGGAGGCAUCUUCAACGACGAGACUGGCUGUGUCUGCGCCCGGGAGAAGUUCGCAUGUGCCAACGAGAACUGCAUCCGAUUCGAACGGGUGUGUGACGGGGACAACCACUGUGGGGACGACAGCGACGAGACAUUCUGCUGGUGCGGCCCCCACCACUUCACAUGCACCAAUGGCAGAUGCAUCCCCAAGGCACUGGAGUGCAACAGCAGAAACGACUGCGGCGACUUCUCAGACGAGAUGCGAUGCUUCUGCGAAGACAGUGAAUUCCAGUGCACUAACGGGGCCUGUGUGGACUGGAGCAGCCGGUGUGACCGGGUGAACGACUGCGGGGACUUCUCUGACGAGGUGGACUGCUCCUGCUCCUUCGGCAAGUGGAGGUGUGAGGACUUGAGUGGCUGUGUCCUCAAUGCCAAAAUAUGUGAUGGACAGCCAGACUGCGCAGAUGGCAGUGAUGAAUUCCGCUGUUCGUGUUCGAUCCACAAAUUCACCUGCACCAAUGGCUUCUGCAUCCCCGAGUCACAGCAGUGCAACGGGUACGAUGACUGCGGAGACAGAUCGGACGAGCUCAUGUGUUUCUGUGACGCAGACCAGUUCCAGUGCACCAACGGGGAUUGCAUUGGGAAGUACUUGACAUGCAACAACUACCCAGACUGUGGGGACUCCUCGGACGAGGCCAACUGUGGCUGCCAAUCGGGGGUGGAGUUCACUUGUGACAAUGGAGGAUGUAUCCCAUUGGGUGACUUGUGUGAUGGCAAGAGUCAGUGUGGGGACGGGAGUGAUGAGGCCAUCUGUGGCUGUACUGUGCACGAGUACGAGUGCCUCAACGGGCAGUGUGCGCCACACUAUGCCAGAUGUAAUGGUGCGCGAGAAUGUGCCGAUGGAUCUGACGAGUUCAGCUGUGGCAAUUCAGGAGGAGGUGGGGGAGGGGGAGCUAGUGGGUCGUGCUACUCGUGGGAGUGGCAGUGUUCGAAUGGGAGACAGUGCAUCCAGUCUACACAGAGGUGCAACGGAGGUCGCGACUGUCUGGAUGGGUCGGAUGAGGCUGGGUGUGGAGGGGUGAAUCCGGGGGGAGUGGUGAACUACAAGUGCACCCAGCUGGAGUUUGGAUGUGAGAGUGAACUCAAGUGCAUUCCCCUGUCCAGACGAUGCGACGGAUAUGACGAUUGUCUUCUGGGCGAAGAUGAGAGCUCUAGACUGUGUGUGGGAAAUCUGGCAGUGCCCCCCUUUGCCCAGACCAGACAGUGUAGCCAGUACGAAGUCAGAUGCAGCAGGUGGCAGUGUGUGUACAAUUCUAAGAAGUGUGACGGAGUAGCAGACUGUUCGAAUGGCAGAGACGAGGAGAACUGCUUCCCCAACAACAAUAACAACCAAGGGGGAGGAGGGGUGAUGUGCUAUGCUCCCAACCACUCUUGUGACAGCAGCACUAACUGUGUCCCGGAAAGGAAGAAGUGCAAUGGCUUCUUUGACUGUGCCGACCACUCUGACGAGCACAACUGUGGCUCCUCGGCCAACCUCUGUGCCCGCAACCAGUUCCACUGCUACCUCACAUCCCCCUCGUCCACUGUGGGAGGGUGGGGAAAUAUGGGGACAAGCAGCGGGGCCUCAAACAGGGAGUGUGUGCCCAGCUCUUACCAGUGUGAUGGGUGGUCUGACUGUCCUGGCGGCGAAGAUGAACAAAAUUGUGACGAUGACUCCCUGUUCCCCAUCCCUGAUCCCCCCUCGGACCACGGGGCCACCGCCUGCUACUUCCGCUGCUGGGACGGUAGGUGCAUGCCCAAGAGCAGCAGAUGCAACCGACUGAGGGAGUGUGCGGAGGGGGAGGACGAGAGGAACUGCCAAUCAUACCACAAUCCACAGUACACCAGUUGUCAGUCGGGCCAGCAUAGGUGUGAGGAUGGAAACUGCAUCGAUGAGUCACUCAUGUGCAACCGGAGGAAAGACUGUUGUGUGAGGGAGCCAUGCAGCGACUACAGUGACGAGACAGACGCCAGGUGUGACGCUGUAUUCGGAAUCGGAGGAUGACUCACGUCAAGUAAACAAUUACCAAAAAUCGAGAACGACAAAUGAAUAUCAGCAGAAAAUCAACGUCGGGGAGAAACAGAUAGGAACAGAAACUGCAGGAACCUUAGCUGAACUGCAGGAACCGUAGCUGAAGUUCUAUAAUUAUUAUGUCAUAUAAGGUCAAUUGAGGUUGAAUUCGUGAAUAAAUUUGAAUUUACAUAAAUUA